GCUGGCGGUGGCGCUGGCGGCCAGUGAGGGGCGCGUCGGUGAGUGGCUGGGACGCGGUGUGCGCGAAGCUCGCCGAGUUGUGGAUACAACGGUGAAUGGCGAGCCGCUGCAGGCUGGGGACGAAAAUGGUCACCGCUCGAGCAUGGAUCGGCGGCAAAUUAUCGUCAGUUUCAUCGUUGACCCGCUGACCUUCGUCGCACGUGCAGGCCGAGGCUCAGCCUGAGGACGCGCCAUCGCCGCCAUGCGACUGUGCUUCCGCUGCCGCAUCCGCCGCAGCACGGCCCUGCUGUUGGCCUUGCUGGCUGGGGCCGCCACGCUCUACAUCCUGUACUGGCGCGCCGAGCUGGAGGACUCGGACCCAGACGUGUUACGCGUCAUCAGACAAUCCAAGCAUCAAAAGGAGUAUAUCAACAAGAAAGGGAUCCACGUGGUAGUCGGCCAUUACAUGGGCGACCCAGCGCCGGAGAAUUUGACGCAAGAGGUGCUCAACACCAACGGCUACCGACCGGUGUCUGGCGAGGGCGAGAAAGGGCUGCCGGUCAUCAUACCGUCCAGCCUGAGCGAGAAGAUGCGCCGGCUCUACCGCAUCAACGAGUUCAACCUGCUGGCUUCGGACCGCAUCUCCGUCAACCGCUCACUACCCGACGUUCGCAAAACACUGUGCCAAGAGAAGACAUACAACGUCAGCAAGCUACCCUCGGCGUCGGUCAUCAUCGUGUUCCACAACGAGGCUUGGUCCACGCUGCUGCGGACCAUCCACAGCGCUAUCAAUCGGUCGCCGGCGCCGCUGCUCCGCGAGGUGAUCCUGGUGGACGACGCCAGUGAACGCAGCUUCCUGGGCCGGCCGCUAGACGAGUAUGUGGCGCGCCUGUCGGUGCCCACACGCAUCGUGCGGAUCGAGGAGCGGACUGGCCUGAUCCGGGCUCGACUGAUGGGCGCUCAGGAGGCGGCAGCUGACGUCAUUGUGUUCCUGGACGCGCACUGCGAGUGCACGGAAGGCUGGCUGGAGCCGCUGCUGACACGGAUCGCCGAGAGCCCCACCUCCGUCGUAUGCCCCGUCAUCGACAUCAUCAACGACGACACGUUCGCGUACACGCGCAGCUUCGAGCUGCACUGGGGAGGCUUCAACUGGCAGCUGCACUUCCGCUGGUUCACGCUGGGCGAGCGCGAGCUGGCGGCGCGCCGGCGGGACAACACGGCGCCAUUCAGGACGCCUGCGAUGGCCGGCGGGCUGUUCGCCAUCAGUCGGGACUUCUUCUACCAGUCUGGCUCUUACGACCGCGACAUGGACAUCUGGGGUGGCGAGAACAUCGAGAUGUCGCUCCGGGUCUGGAUGUGUGGCGGCAGUGUGGAGAUCCACCCGUGCUCCCACGUGGGCCACAUCUUCCGCAAGAACUCGCCGUACACGUUCCCACGCAAGGGCGGAGUGGGCGGCGUGCUGUACCACAACUUGGCGCGGGUGGCCGCCGUCUGGAUGGAGAAGUGGGCUGACUUCUUCUUCAAGGUCAACCCAGAGGCGGCCAAACUGAAGGACGAACUGCGGGUCACCCACCGGAUGAUGGUCCGCGAGCGCAUGAGCUGCCACAACUUCAAGUGGUACCUGGACAACAUCUGGCCGGAGCACUUCUUCCCCGACGACGACCGCUUCUUCGGCAAGGUGCGGAAUGAGAAGCUGGAGCACUGCCUGCAGCGUCCGUCACCGACGGGCACGGGGCAGCCGUCCGGCCCCGCUACCGUCACCGACUGCGCCUCCAACUGGUACACCCCGCAGCUGUUCGUCAUGACCAUGGAGGGGUACAUCAUGACGGACGAGUCGGUGUGUCUGGACGUGCCCGACGGCGGCCAGCAGGAGGCGGAGGGCCGCGCCCGCCUGCACGGCUGCAGCCAGCUGUCGCGCCAGAAGUGGUACCACGACCAAAAGACGUCAGAGCUGGUGCACGUGGACUCGGCCAAGUGCCUGGACCUGCCGACCGCUGCCAACCCCGAGAGCCUGGUAGUCAUGGCGUGCUCCGGCGCGCCCAGUCAGCGCUGGACGCUGGAGCGGGUGCCGUGGACGUGAUGGAGCCGGUGCUGCACGCUGUCCCAGCCACCGCACCCAGCGGCCGUCUGGAGCAUGUCCAGCGGACAAGACCAGUCAACACCAGUCCUGAGGAUGAACUUUCCGUGGCCGUUGGCGGUGUCUCCACGGACAAUGCAGCGUACUCUCGCCAGCUGUCGGUGACAUCUGCGCACCGUGUGCGCCAUUAAGUGGUAUGGUCGGCUUAUGCGCCAUUUUGUGGUGUGAUUGGCUUGUGCGCCAUUUCGUGGUGUGGUCGGCUUGUGCGCCAUUUCAUGUGUGGUCGGCUUGUGCGCCAUUUAAUGGUGCGGUCAGCUACUCAGCAGGUUACUGGCUCAGUAGUGACCGUGGGGACUUCGAGCAUUGUAGGGAAAUAUGUGGAUGAUACCGAAGAUUCCUAAUAUGUGAGACUAUUGAGACUACUACUCAGCGAAAUGCAUUAGCGUGCCUUUUUCACCUAACGUCUGCUCCGCGGAUUUGCAGCCCUCUGCAUUCCUGCGUAGCUCAUUAAAACAUCGCGUACGACUUAGUUAUUUUACUUAUUCUGGCAUUAAGGUCAGUUAAUGGAACCAGCAUGUGGAUCCCAUAGCAAGCAGCUGAUACACAACAUGUGUUGUAGAGAUGGCACUGCGACGAGCAAUGCUUCUGUACAUUCCUGGUUCGGGCUAUCAGCGUGCGAAUGCGCCGACUCUCACUAGCAUCGCCCGCGUACUUACCAAAGCUGCUCUUGUGAUACACGGGCGUGCGCCGCGCGCCGUGCUGAUGUUUCAGGACUUUGUUUUGGCAUGGCGACGGGCGUCAUUUGUCUCGUUUUUAGGUCGUUAAUAAAUAUUUGCAGAAUUCGCUA